GUGAGAGGAUGCUGCGCUGCUGCGCCCCGCGGCGGCCUGUCCUUCCUCCCGUCAGCUGGAGGAGGAUCCGAGCUUCAUCCAUGAUGUAAUCGGGCAGGAGGCAGAGCCGCAUCACGCACGGACCGAGGAGGAGGAUCCAUGAGCCCCGAGCCCGCCGUCCUCCCCCCCGGGGCCCGGGGACGCUGGUAGCUGGACGCCGGGUGAUGCUGCGGGUCUCCCCCGCUGGACCAGCCGCCUGCAGCCGCCAUGGAGCCGCGCUGCUCCGCCGCCUCUCCUCCGCAUCCUCCGCCUCCUCCGUCCUCCGCCGCCAUCGAGCCUCUGCGGGGAUGAGAAGCGCAUCCAGGUCCAGAUCCAGAUCCAGGUCCAGGUCCAGAUCCAGGUCCAGGCAUCUCCUCCCAGGCUCAGGUUCGAGCCAUGGCCAAUGAACCCGUCAUCCUUAACGUGUAUGAUAUGUACUGGAUCAACGAAUACACCUCCACCCUGGGCAUCGGGGUCUUCCACUCAGGCAUCCAGAUCUACGGCCGAGAGUUCGCGUACGGCGGACACCCCUACCCCUUCAGCGGCAUCUUCGAGAUCAGCCCCGGCAACGCCGCCGAGCUGGGAGAGACGUUCAAGUUCAAGGAGGCCAUCGUCCUGGGAACCACGGACUUCACCGUGGAGGACAUGGACAAGAUCAUGGAGGAGCUGGGGAAGGAGUUCAAGGGCAACGCCUACCACCUCAUGCACAAGAACUGCAACCACUUCUCCUCCUCGCUGUCCGAGCUGCUGUGCGGCCGGGAGAUCCCCCGCUGGGUGAACCGGCUGGCGUACUUCAGCUCCUGCAUCCCCUUCCUGCAGAGCUGCUUGCCCCGGGAGUGGCUGACGCCGGCCGCCCUGCAGAGCCACAUCAGCCUGGGCCUGCGCCGGGACGAGCAGCAGGAGUCCAGCGACGAGGACGGCUCGCCGCCCGGGGCCGCCGGGUCGGGCUGCCGCCACACCCGGGUCUGA